UAUAUAUGCAUCAUCUCUUCCGAAAAUUCAUGUUAAGGCAUCAAACCAUGGUUAGAUUACUUCUGCUUCUCUUAAGUAUUAUUAGUGUGAUUUCUUGCGUCGCUGAAAAACGAGACAUCUAUUUAGUUUUACUCGAAGGCGAGCCAGUCGCAUUCCAUCACGGAGCGGCGCCCGGAAAAGAUGGCAAAAAACCUUUCCUCCACAGUGAAGCUUCCGUCGCUCAUGCAAAGCACUUGGUUGACUCCCACGACCGAUUUCUCCAAAGCAAACUAGAUGCAGGCAGCUAUAACAAGCUUUACAGCUUCAAAAACAUCGUCAAUGGCUUCGCCGUACAUACUACCCGUUCCCAGGUGGAAAAACUCAAAGGUGGUCACGGUGUGAAACUGGUGGAGAAAGAUACGGGGGCUAAACUAAUGACGACUCAUUCGCCGGAGUUCUUGGGUAUGCCGGCGGUGUGGACACAGCAAGGUGGGGACCGAAACGCCGGAGAAGGGAUUGUGAUCGGUUUUGUGGAUUCGGGCAUCAACCCGGUUCACCCAAGCUUUGCUUAUGACCCCAUGCAUCCACCGUUGAUUUCAAAUUACACCACUUCUCACUUUUCUGGAUCUUGUGAGGUGGGCCCACUCUUUCCUCAGACUUCUUGCAAUGGCAAGAUUAUUUCUGCUAGGUUUUUCGCCGCCGGCGCACGUGCUGCCGCCACCCUGGACCCUUCUGUUGAUAUUAUGUCACCUUAUGACGUAGUUGGACACGGCAGUCACGUGGCUUCGACUGCUGCUGGAAAUUUCGGAGUUCCAGUUGUUGUUGAUGGCUUCUUCUAUGGUCGAGCCAGUGGGAUGGCGCCACGUGCCAGGAUUGCAGUGUACAAAGCAAUUUAUCCUACGGUAGGAACUUUAACAGAUGUACUCGCAGCCAUUGAUCAAGCCGUAUUAGACGGAGUGGACAUCUUAACGCUGUCAAUAGGACCAGAUUCGCCGCCGCAAGACACCGUCACAUUCUUAGGCGCCUUCGAAAUAUUCAUGCUGUCCGCACACAAGGCCGGAAUAUUCGUCGCCCAGGCCGCCGGCAACCAGGGCCCAGGCCCUUACACCGUCGUUUCCUACAGCCCAUGGUCCGUCGGAGUUGCCGCCUCCGGCACCGACAGAACCUACCCCGGCUCUCUCCUCCUCGGCGACGGCCAGAAAAUCGGCGGCGUUGGAUUAUCGGGUCCCAGUUUCGGAAACGGGCUGCUCCAGUACAAAUUGGUUUCCGCCAGAGACGCCGUCAAGGUUAACGGCGCAUUUCCCAGGACCCCACCGUACGUGGAAGAGUGUCAGUACCCGGAGGCGCUGGACCCCACUGUGGUCCAAGGCAGUGUAGUCAUCUGCACCUUCUCCUCUGGGUUCUAUAACGGGACGUCAAAUCUAACGGCCGUUAUACAGACGGCGAGGGUUCUUGGAUUUACGGGAUUCGUGCUCGCUGCUAAUCCUGAUUAUGGAGACUUUAUUGCUGAACCUAUUCCUUUCUCUAUUCCUGGCAUUAUGAUCCCAAGAACUACCGAUGCACAGAUAAUAUCUAGAUACUACGAGCAGCAGACGUAUCGAAACGACAAAGGGUUGGUAAUAAGAUAUAGUGGAAGGGCAGCCAUAGGCGAAGGUAGAGUAGCUUCUUACAUGGACGAGAGGGCGCCUGUUGUAAGCCGAUUCUCUUCGCGGGGCCCGGAUUAUAUAGACGAGAGGCGGAAUCCAGCUGAUCUGCUUAAGCCCGAUAUACUAGCACCGGGCCAUCAAAUAUGGGCUGCUUGGAGCCCCAUGAGUGUUCAAAACCCCAUUCUCUGUGGUUAUAAUUUUGCAUUAAUAUCGGGGACGAGUAUGGCGACGCCUCACAUUGCAGGCAUAGCUGCAUUAAUCAAGCAGAACAAUCCUACGUGGACUCCGUCGAUGAUUGCUUCUGCCAUGUCGACCACGGCAACCAAGCACGAUAAUCGGGGUGAACCUAUCAUGGCUGAAGGGUACGCCGCUUAUACGUUGCAUACUGCCGCCCCGUUUGGUUAUGGGGCUGGCUUUGUGGAUCCCGUUCGUGCGUUGGACCCUGGUCUCGUAUUUUCAACAGGGUACGAAGAUUACCUUAGUUUCUUAUGCUCGCUCCCAAACACCGAUCCGGAGAAAAUCAGAGUAGCCACCGGAGGAACAUGCGCCGCCACUUUUAGCAACCCUUCCGACCUGAACCAACCGUCUGUGACGAUAACUGCGCUAUCCGGCAUGCGGGUGACGCAGAGAGUGGUCGAGAAUGUGGCGAACAAACCAGAGACUUACCUGUGCGCCGUGCUCCCACCGAACGGAGUCACAGUCAGCGUUGACCCACCGUGGUUCACUCUAGCACCUCAAGAAAAACAGACACUGGUAAUAAGACUUGUUGUGACACAAGUGCUGGAGGAUUUCAGCUUUGGGGAAAUUGUUCUUACAGGUAGUUUGAAUCACAUUGUUAGAAUUCCCUUAUCAGUUCUUACCAUUUCUCUUUAAGUUUACAAUUUACAAUUUCGAUUUCAAAUAUAUAUAAUUUUUGGGUUUAUUGCAUUU